AUGUUCAGCAACAGAAGCACGAAACAGGUGCUCAUCCCGGCCACAAGCUACCUGCGCAACUGUAUCAAGGUUUACGUUGUGGCAUGUGAGCCCAGCAGUGCUGCGGUGUGGGUCUGUCAGCUGGGCAGCCCUGACGGCAAGCCUGAGACCGUUGGCAGCGCGUUCAAAAUCACUGCUAGUGUUUCAGAUGUGGAUGAUCUGAAAGAAGCCAUCAAGCAGAAGAAGCCAAAUACAGUGUCUUGUGACGCAGAUGAACUGGACAUAUACAGCCGGAAGGACGGCGGCUGGGUCAAGGAAACAAGGAUGUCAUCAAGUCUGCGCAACACAGAUGAGGCAGACUGCUACGGCUUCAUGUUGCCAGCUGGAGCUGCUGGAGCCACAUAG